AUGAUCCUUCUCUCAUUCUUGGAGCAUGCCCGCUCACCGCGGCCGUCGAUGCUGCUCGGUGGAUACCUCCUGAUCACUGCCUUGUUUGAUAUUGCUCGCACGAGAACUGAAUGGCUGUCGGCAGACUCUGCCAACGAUUUCCAUCAAGCUCGGUUGUCGAUCGCAAGUGUCAUUCUGAAAGUCGUCGUACUCGUCAUCGAAUCUUGGACGAAAAGGCAAGCAAUAGCCUCCGAAAAGCAGCAAAGUCCAGAGGCGACGAGCGGUCUCAUUAGUCUGUCGACCUACUUUUGGGUCAAUGACCUCUUUCUCAGGGGAUUCCGCAAGCUCCUUGUCCUCGACGACUUGUAUGCGCUCGAUGAAGCAAUGUCAGCCGAGGUCCUGUACGCCAAAUUCGGGCCUCUUCUAGAGAAGAACAAAACGCAGGGCCACAAGUAUGCUCUAUUCAGGGGCAUUGCACAGACGCUUGUAGGACCAUUCAUACUGCCCAUCAUCCCACGGCUUUGUCAGAUGGGCUUCAAAUUCUGCCAACCUCUCAUGAUUGAGAGCUUGUUGAACUAUCUCCAGGAGCCUGUGGGUGCCUCGUCACCGAAUAAGGGGUACGGGUAUAUCGGCGCUGCUUUUCUCACCUACAUUGGCAUGGCUACGUCCAGUUCCGUUUACUGGUACUUCCAAGAGCGCUUCGUCCACAUGGCAAGAGGCAUCUUGGCCUCGGCCGUCUACCGCAAAACAACCGUCAUCAGUUUGUCCGCCGCAGACGAUUCCGCAGCUUUGACUCUCAUGAACGCCGACGUGGAGCGCGUCAAGAAUGGCUUUCAGCCGAUCCACGAAUAUUGGGCCAACACGAUCGAGGUUGCGUUGGCGUGUUGGUUGCUGCAACGGCAAAUCGGCGCCGCCUUUGUUGCACCUGUCGUUGUAGUCAUCGUCUGCACGGCAGCCUCCACGGUGACCGCCAAAUUCACAGGAAAACGUCAAACGUUGUGGAUGGAGUCAAUUCAGCAGCGAGUCGGUGUAACCGCCAAAGCUAUCUCGAGCAUGAAGGCACUCAAGAUCUCGGCCAUGUCGGGGCUGAUUGAAACCCUGAUACACAGCUUACGCCUCAAGGAACUUAGCGUGGGUGGGAAAUGGCGACUGAUGCUUCUCGCGGCCGUGACGAUUGCAUACACGCCCUCUCAGCUCGGCCCCGUCAUGGCUUUCGCCGUGACUUCUCAGACCCUCAACGUAACGCGCAUCUUCACUUCCAUGGCGUACCUCAUGCUCUUGGCUGGUCCGUUAGGCAGCCUGUUCCAGACCAUUCCGCAACUGGUUUCGGCGUUCGCCUGCCUGGGUCGUAUCCAGGCGUACCUAGACAAAGACAGCCGUAUAGAUUAUCGCAAAACGCCCGACGCUUCGCUGAAGCAAGCUUCUUUCGGAUGGACUGAGGGAAAGUACGUUCUGCACGACGUUGACGUAUUCGUCCCUGCCAACUCCCUGACCAUCAUCGUAGGACCUGUGGCUUCCGGCAAGUCGACACUUCUGAAAGGCCUUCUCGGCGAGAUCCCACACUAUUCUGGCGAAGCGAUCUUCAGUGUCAACCAUCGCAGGGUAGGCUACUGCGAUCAAUCUCCGUUCCUCUACAAUACCACAAUCAAGGCCAAUAUCAUUGGGCACUCGGAACUGGAUCCUGAACGAUACCGCCAAGUAAUCGAUGCCACGAUGCUAUCUGCCGACUUUUCAACACUACCCAAAGGCGAUCGAACUAAAAUCGGCAGCAACGGGCUCACCUUGAGUGGUGGGCAGAGACAACGAGUCGCUCUCGCUCGCGCCCUGUACCUCGAAUGUGACCUACUUAUACUGGACGACAUCAUGAGCGGCCUCGACGCGACCACCGAAGAGCACGUCUUCAAUCGGGUCUUUGGCAACCAAGGCAUCGUUCGCCAGAGGCGCACCACGGCCGUAUUAUGCACACACUCUGUGCGUCAUUUACCACUUGCAGACCAUAUCAUCGCACUCGGUGCCGACUGUACUGUAGUCGAGCAGGGAUCCUUUGCAGACUUGCAGACCAACGGGAAAUACGUUCAAAGUCUGAAGAUCCAAGAGACCGAGGCCUCUCCUCAGGGAAAGAAUGAAGUGUCAAGCCAGCCUGAGAAAAUCCCCUUAGCUCAAAUAAUCACUGAAGUCUCCGACGUGGCGGACGAACCGGAUAAGGCACGCCAGCUGGGCGAUGUUGCAGUAUACAGACACUACUUUGGAAGCAUGGCCACAUGGGUCAUUGCCGUCUUUAUCUUCUGGUGCUGUGCCUACGCCUUUUGCAUGAACUUCCCCACCGUCUGGCUGAAGUUCUGGUCCGAGGACAUCACCGCCGAGAUCCCGAAGCGCUCAGGCGCGUUCUACAUGGGCAUCUACGCUCUUUUACAAAUCAUGUGUCUCGGUUCCCUGAUGGUGGUCGUCUUCAUCAAUACGCAGACCAUGAUCUUACAGUCCGGAUCGAGUUUGCACCAGCGAGCCCUGCGGAAGCUCGUCGGCGCGCCAUUGAGGUUCUUUGCGACGACUGACACGGGGACAGUGACGAACUUGUUUGCUCAGGAUCUCGCUCUGGUUGAUAGCGAGCUGCCGAUGGCACUGAUCAACUUCUCCGUGCUGCUGUUUGCUGCUGUGGGUAUGGCUGUCAUUAUUGCCGUCUCGUCGCCGUGGUUGGCGAUUAGUUACCCCUGUCUUGUGGCGAUUCUGUACUUUGUGCAGAUGUUUUACCUUCGGACUUCGAGGCAGCUACGUGUUCUGGAGCUUGAAGCAAAGAGUCCUCUCUACUCUCAUUUCAUCGAUACUCUCAAGGGUUUAGCGACGUUGAGAGCUCUGGGUUUCAUCUCUGCAGAUAUCACAGUCAACAACGACCUUCUUGACACCAGCCAGAGGCCAGCAUAUCAGCUCGCAAUCAUCCAGCGUUGGCUACAGCUAGUACUCAAGUUACUCGUGGCUGCCCUUGCGACCAUCGUAGUGACGUUGGCGACGCAACUGCGCGCCAGCUCUGGAUUCACCGGUGCAUCACUAGUAACUCUCAUGUCUUUCGGUGAUACCCUGACUACAAUCGUUCAGUCGUACACCAUGCUAGAAACAAGUAUAGGAGCAGUGGCGCGCCUAAAGACGUUUAGCGACACGGUGACUCCAGAGACUGGGCCCGACGAAGAUGUCAUUCCCAAGGAAAGCUGGCCUGAGAAGGGAGCAAUCGAGAUCAAAGGAGUUUCAGCGUCUUACGGAGUCUCCAGGGAUCAGCCCAACUCAGCGGGCGAGGAGAAGCCGCCUGCGGAUCUUGCCAUCCGAGAUCUGGACCUCUCAAUCAGACCCGGCGAGAGGGUAGCUAUAUGCGGAAGAACAGGCAGCGGCAAAUCAUCGCUCAUCCUCUUGCUGCUUCGUCUCAUCGAGACUCUACCUGGGAGUGCGGGUAGCAUUGUGAUGGACUCCGUGCCUCUCGACAGAGUCGAUCGAGAUACUUUGCGGCGCCGCAUCAUAGCCGUCUCACAGGACGCAAUCUUCCUCCCCGACGGCUCAUCAGUGAAAGACAACCUCGACUCGUUUGAUGCGGCAACCGAGGCUGAGUGUCUCGAGGUCUUAGAGCAAGUAGGAUUACUCGCGAGGAUACAAGAGCGAGGCGGGAUAGGUGCCGGACUCACCGCGGAGUCUUUCAGCCAGGGGCAGAAGCAGCUGUUCUGUCUGGCUCGGGCGGUCUUACGGAGGCGGGUGAAGAGCCGUGGCGGUACCGAAGGGGGUAUACUAUUGCUUGAUGAGGUUUCUUCUAGUGUUGAUCGGGCUACGGAUCUUGUUAUGCAGAAUAUUAUUCGCAGGGAGUUUGAUGGUUAUACGAUUAUCAUGGUGUCUCAUCGCCUGGAUAUGGUUUUGGACUGUGAUGCGGUCGUGGUCAUGGAUAAAGGCAGUGUUGUUGAGAAAGGGGUACCGCGAGUGUUGAAGGAUCAGGAAGGGGGCAUGUUUAGGGAGUUGUGGAAUAGUAGCGGCACAACGGGGGAGUAA